UAUCGAUGUAAUAAUUUGAGAUGUCACCCCUAUUUCCCUGGUAUUGUAGAACAGCUGGCCUAUAGACGAUGGGAUUUGGCAAUUAUUUAUCUCCAAGCAGAUGUGGGCUCGUGUGGGCAGCUGUCCACAGCUGUGAUUGACCCACUUUUUAAAAUGGUGUGCGUUGUUGUUUUCAUUUGUUGUCGUUCGAUUGAGACGCUGAUUCCCGCUGUUAAUGCGUACAGGACUAUUUUAAAUUUGGCAGUGAUAGAUAUGUUAGCUUUUAAGUAAGUUUUUGGUAUAAGCUGAUGUGAUGUGUUCUGUAUGCGAUAUAAACACCGAGCCAGACACCACAGAAAACAUCACAACCGACAUAAACCAUAACUAGGUCACAGAGUAUGUUACCUACGGUCACUUGUUUAUUUUGUACACAGUGUCUCUUGUUCCCGAACGGUACCUAGUUUGGGGUUAUCUCAGGUAAGGAUGAAAGAACGCCCCCACCCAACAAUGCACCGUUCCAGAACAUCUUUAUGCCUCGAAGUCGAACCUGACAACCGCUCUAGUAAACAGAGCAGUUCUUGCUUUCACCGUGACCGCACGUGUGUUUCACCCGUGCCGUUAAAGAAAUUAUUUUCGCGCGUGUAACAGAUUAUUUGGCAUUUAUAAUGCCAAAGCCAGGUAAAGAAAAGAGAUUCGGUGUCACCGGGACACAGGGAGCCGCUAAGUCGGCGCAGAGACACGCUCUCCACAGAGAAGAGCGAGAGUCUAGAAGGGAGCAGUUUGGUUUCCUGCUUCCCCCCGGAAUGACCCUCCCGCUGCCACAGUGUGUAGAGGAGGAGACCCUUACUCUCGGAGCCCGGCCUUACGACAAGGUACGGUAACUCAGUUUUAACGUGUCCUCACUAUGGCGGAAUGUGGUUUUAGCCGUUAUUUAAAAGUUUAUAUAUGUUUCCCGAUCUUCCUUGAAGGAAGUGAAAUAGGAUGUUGUUUUACUCAGUUUUGAACAUCGUCUUUAUCUUUUUCUUUUGCAAUUUAUAAUUAUACCGAGUGACUUUUCUGGGAUCUAGGUUCAUGAUACGACUGUGUAUCAUUGUUCAAUAUUGCCCUUCCAGGCGGUUGUGUCGAAACAUAAAGGGGCACAAAACCGCAAGGAAAGAAGGAAAAGGCCUUACGAAUCGUCAUGGAGGGCCGGUGACGGAGAGUUCACGGACGACGAUCGGAGCCCCAGCCGGGACAGACAGGGACAGGACAGGCACGGUUCAGGACAGCUGAAGUCGUGCCCAUCAGACACACCGUACACUACGUACAAGGUAACUUCGUACACUUGAACCUUCAACCUACCCUCACCAACACACUUUGUGAUCCUUUGCUGAUAUAUACAUGUAGUGUUUAACGGAUAGACUGCUUACAAACAGGAGGGAGGUGCUGUUUCGACAGUCUUUUUAUCCCCAUUUUCUAAUUUGUCGUAUCGACAUACAAUACCAGCUGAAUAAUAUGUACCGAAAUGAUACUGCCCUAGCUGAAAUAAUAGUGACCACAUAUUACAGGAUUUCCUUGUGUAGCUGUGUCAGCACCAAGGACGGGUCCGUUUCGUUGUGUGUGGAUAUAUUUGGCGAGUACUUGUGUUCAUAAGCAAGUGAAUAAGAAAGGCUGGCAUAUUCACCUGUUUUUGGAUGGUCGUUUAACAACAGUGACAAAAUAGGAGUUCUUUGCUUGGUACAACAUGAUAUACUGAUAAUAACAGACAUAUAUAUUGUUGGGUGUUACCCUUUCAGACCGCUGUAUCAAAGCGCAUGAGUACAACAAAGCGCAGAGACAGACGGAGGCAGCCAUACAACACCUCAUGGCUGUCCGAAGACGAGGAGUGUGAAGACGACAGAAGCUCCAGCCGGAGCAGGCCGCGACAGGAGAGGCACGGCUCAGAUCAGGAGAAGUCUUCACGGAUCGCGUCCCCCACUCCAACCGCUGUCCCAUCCGGAGAGGAGAAGAGGCGGCUGUCUCCUCCUCCUAUCGCGCUGACACUCCGCCGUGUCGCACCGCCUCCUCAAUACAAAGCCAAGGAGGCAGCUGGAGCAAGUAAAGAGUAUGCAGUCGUACACAGAAACCAAUCAACUAAACCCAACGUUUGCCAUGACGACACAGGUAGUAUAAAGCGCCCUUGCUCUACCUUUGAGGACUCGGACGAGUCCCGUCGUCAAGAUGGCAAAGGCAACAAACGUCGGAUUUCGUACACAGAGUACAUGAACAGGAGCAGGAGUGGGGAUAGCAGAAACGUGACCUCUAGUGCACCUACAGUGCAAACCGGCACCAAGGUCCCGGAUGAGACAGAGAAGAGUCCAACUUCCGAUCGCCGAGUGAUCAAAGCACGGCGGCGGAUGAGCCAGCAUGAGCUAGCGGAAGUCUCGUCACAGAUACGCGCCCGUAAAGAGGCCCUAUGCCCUCUCAUUACAGAGAAGAAGACGACCGCCACCACAAGCCACCCUACCUCACCACAACCCGAGCUAUCACACAGUUCAGCAACACGCUGUUGCGGCUCAGCUGAUGUGAGUGCCGCUGCACCAACCCAGGAAGAAACACCUGCUGUCAGCACAGACGGCAAGAGCGCAGGCGUGCGUCACGGACGUGACGUCAUCACGCAGAAGUCGACGUCAUCGAGAUCAAGCAUUGGGAAGACCCUCGUCGAGUUCCUCAAAAGAGAGGAGGAGAAGAUCAGAAGAGACCAAAAGCUCCGGAAGCUCUUCCGCAAAAAGGCGGCGGCGCUGGCCGCGAAGAUUGGAGGUGAUGGAGCCAGCCGCAGCAGCCGGCCUCCAGUGGCAGCGGAGUUGCAGGAGAAGUCGGUCAGAUCGGAAUCCUCAAAACGUCCGGACGGACGUCUCCGGCACAACCUGGGUCAGUCAGGGAUGCCUCCUAGCGACCAGGAGACGGAUAGCAGACCACCGGCCCAGCUGUACCCUGUCCAACAACAGCUCAUCCAACCAAGUAACGAUUCACAGUGUUUCUUUACCUCAUGUCCGUUUGGAAACAUCCUUGUCCAACAGAUGUCACAGAGCGGUGGUAAUGUACAACGUCUCCUAGCGGCGACGGCUGUCACUGCACCACCCCAAAACGUGCCACAUGGUGUCCGGACGGACAACCCGAGAGACAACAGGCUCCGUGACAUCGUACCUGAUGGUGUCCGGACGGACAACCCGAGAGACAACAGGCUCCGUGACAUCGUACCUGAUGGUGUCCGGAUGGACAACCCGAGAGACAACAGGCUCCGUGACAUCGUACCUGAUGGUGUCCGGACGGACAACCCGAGAGACAACAGGCUCCGUGACAUCGUACCUGAUGGUGUCCGGACGGACAACCCGAGAGACAACAGGCUCCGUGACAUCGUACCUGCUGGUGUCCGGACGGACAACCCGAGAGACAACAGGCUCCGUGAUAUCGUACCUGAUGGUGUCCGGACGGACAACCCGAGAGACAACAGGCUCCGUGACAUCGUACCUGAUGGUGUCCGGACGGACAACCCGAGAGACAACAGGCUCCGUGACAUCGUACCUGAUGGUGUCCGGACGGACAACCCGAGAGACAACAGGCUCCGUGACAUCGUACCUGAUGGUGUCCGGAUGGACAACCCGAGAGACAACAGGCUCCGUGACAUCGUACCUGAUGGUGUCCGGACGGACAACCCGAGAGACAACAGGCUCCGUGACAUCGUACCUGAUGGUGUCCGGACGGACAACCCGAGAGACAACAGGCUCCGUGACAUCGUACCUGCUGGUGUCCGGACGGACAACCUGAGAGACAAAAGGCUCCGUGACAUCGUACCUGAUGGUGUCCGGACGGACAACCCGAGAGACAACAGGCUCCGUGACAUCGUACCUGCUGAUGAAAACGCCCACAGACGACGGCACGCACCCCGAACUUCAACUCAGACACCCCUGAGGUCCAUGCCCAUCCAGGCUGUGUAUACAGCAAAGGAAAUUGAGCAGGGAAUUCGCUCCAUCCGAAAUGCCGACGCUGAAAUUCCUUCUUCACACGAGCAGAGGUUGGCGGCAGUCCCUGCACCUCGGCUAUCCAAUCCGCCACUCCUGACGUCACUGCCCACACCUCGGCUGUCCAAUCCGCCACUCCUGACGUCACUGCCCACACCUCGGCUGUCUAACCCGCCACUCCUGACGUCAUUGCCCACACCUCGGCUGUCCAACCCGCCACUCCUGACGUCACUGCCCACACCUCGGCUGUCCAAUCCGCCACUCCUGACGUCAUUGCCCACACCUCGGCUGUCCCAUCCGCCACUCCUGACGUCACUGCCCACACCUCGGCUGUCCAAUCCGCCACUCCUGACGUCACUGCCCACACCUCGGCUGUCUAACCCGCCACUCCUGACGUCAUUGCCCACACCUCGGCUGUCUAACCCGCCACUCCUGACGUCACUGCCCACACCUCGGCUGUCCAAUCCGCCACUCCUGACGUCACUGCCCAAAUCCUGGCCGACCAAUCCGCCACCUCUGUCGUCACUGCCCACACCUCAGCAGGUUCUACAGUUUAUGAGGGAACAAAGAGCCAGUAUAUUUGGUGAAGCAGCCGCACGUCAGCAGUCCGGCAACGUACAACAGCAGACGUCACUGCCCAGGUCUAUGACGUCACCAUUCACUACACUGGGUCUUCAGAAAAAGAACAACCAGCUGCAGGCGGGACGCAGUGACAGACCGCCAUCAGGGGAACCACCCAUUGCAGCGAGGUCAGCGACAGCAGCGAUGCCGAUACAGGGCCACUCCAAUACGGGCCGUGAAGCUAUUGUAUGUCAGCAGUCCAGCGACACACGACAGCAGAUGUCACUGUCCACCCCUAUGACGUCCACGCUCACAGCACGUUUAGUUCUUCAGAAGAAGAAGAAGAAGAGCAACAACAACCAGGCAGGUCGAAAAGGCAGACCAAGGAAACCACCUGUUGCAGUGAAAUCCGGAAAAACCGACAACUUGGGCCCAGCGACAGUAUCGAUGCCGAUGCAGGGCCGCUCCAGCACUAGAACGGCGAUGGCUGUACCACUAAUGACGCCAUCACCAGAUAGCAACAACAACACAAUCACGGCACCAGCGACACUAGCUUUGCCGGCAGUGUUGCCAGACAGGAUUCCUCUAGAAGACGCCAUACGACUAUUAGUUGGAACUGAAAGCAAGGAUGACCCAAGUCCCCAUGGCCAUGUGCAUGUGAACAGCCCAGUGGCAACAACAGCAGGAUCCUCCACAAGCGCUUUUCCCAAGACGCGAGGUCAGAGCAGCUCAGGUACCAGUACUGGCAAAACGGGAGAAAGCAGUGGAAGUAGCUCCUCGAACCCCCUGCAAACCAGCCAGCCGAAUCGUCUUGAUGACAAAAUGCCUAAGAAGCGUACGCGCACAGGGGCAGAUACCAGUACAGGCAAACGCUUCAAGCCUCAGGGGAACCUCGCGUCAAUGUACAAUACGUGUGAGCCUGUCGACAUUUCCAACGCGUCGUACAACGUGAAGAAAGACGACGGCGUCGACGGCUACGAGACGCCUUGGAACUUCAGCGUCACCCCAAACCUGUCCCUGAGCCGCUCAGACGACGGGCUGUGGCACUCCUGCAAGCCGUUGAAGAGCCUGAGCAGACCGCCGCCUCUUCCUCCGUUAUACCGUCCCCGUCCCCCGGGGCUGGAGCACGUCCAGGACAGUCCUCCCCCGACCAGCCCGGGCUCGCCGCGCCAACUUAGCUACCCGCUCCGCUUCGGCGCCACGGGGAGAAGCGAACCGAUGGAUCACUACCUGACGCCGUACCGCAGAGUUGGCGUUCUGGAGCACCCCGGCUCCCCGUUACAGUCCACCUCCACAUGUCCCGACCACAUGGUGGCCAGGUACCAGAACUACCUGUGGAUCGAGCCGUACGACUGGACCGGCUCCGGGCUGUGCGAUAUGGUUGACGCGUCAGUCGACACGGCUGUGCCAAACAAGCAGGAAGAGGGACAAUAUAUGCGUGCGAUGGACAUUUGA